UCGUCAACGUUGCAUUCUCUUGGGUAUAUUAUUUUUCGAAGCUGAUUUUUUUUUUGAUUUAAAAGUUUUUUAUUGUCAGAGGAAAGAUGGAAGGGAUGGAAAUUACCGAGAUCGAUGUCAAGGACGUGAGGUUCCCAACUUCCUUGAAAUUUGAUGGGAGUGAUGCCAUGCACACCGAUCCCGACUAUUCCUGCGCUUACGUUACAAUAAAAACUAAUAGAGGCAUCGAGGGAUACGGACUGACCUUCACUUUGGGAAGAGGAACUGAAAUCGUCGUUCUCGCCUGCAAAACGAUAUCGAGGCUGAUCGUAGGCACCAAAGUCCAAGACGUGUUCAACGGCUUUGCCUCUUUCUGGAGGAAAAUCACGAGCGAGUCUCAGCUGCGAUGGAUCGGCCCGGAAAAGGGAGUGACCCAUUUGGCCACAGCCGCCGUGGUCAACGCUCUCUGGGACUUGUGGGCGCGCAUUGAGAAAAAACCAUUGUGGAGACUGCUGGUCGAUCUCACCCCCGAGCAACUGGUCUCCACGAUAGACUUUCGAUACAUCACUGACGUGAUCACGAGGCAAGAGGCGAUCGAGAUCCUCAAGAGCCAGAAAUCGGCAAGGGCCUCUCGCACGGCAAGUCUCGUGGAAAACGGCUUACCGGCUUACACGACCCAAGUAGGCUGGAUGGGCUACAGCGACGACAAGGUCCGUGAGCUCUGUGAAAAAUAUCAACAGCUCGGCUUCGACACCUUCAAGGCCAAGGUGGGCCAAAAUCUUGAGGACGACGUGCGCAGGUGCCAGGUGAUCCGCGAGUGCAUCGGCGAUGACAAGAGACUCAUGCUGGACGCUAACCAGGUGUGGGAGGUGGAGGAAGCUGUCGAGUGGAUGAAGAGUCUGGCUCGCUUCAAGCCAACGUGGAUCGAGGAGCCCACCAGCCCGGAUGACGUUCUCGGACAUGCAAGGAUCGCCAAAGAGCUCCGGCCCUUGGGAAUCGGGGUGGCGACUGGUGAAAUGUGCGCUAAUCGAGUUAUCUUCAAGCAGCUGCUGCAAGCUCGGGCGAUCGAUUACUGUCAGAUUGACUCGGCGAGGAUCGGCGGUGUCAACGAGAUACUUGCUGUUUACUUGAUGGCCAAGAAACUCAAUGUACCUGUCUGCCCUCAUGCUGGAGGAGUGGGUUUGUGCGAGAUGGUGCAGCAUCUGCAGAUGUGGGACUUUGUAAGUCUCAGUGGGACCACGGAAAAUCGAAUUAUCGAGUAUGUCGACCAACAGCACGAGCACUUUGAGGAUCCCGUGACGAUUAAAAAUGCUCACUACAUGCCACCAAGCGUUCCCGGGUAUUCCACAAAAAUCAAGGACGCAAGCUUGACGAACUACGCUUAUCCUGAGGGUAAAGAGUGGCAACGCAUGUUUGAUAUCGGCAUUUUUCCCAGGCCUUCUGCUAACUAAAUGUAAAAUUUUGUUCUGCAAUGAAUUAUUGUCGUGUUAAUUUUAAUUCUUCACAGUUCUUUGUAAGAUUUUUAUCAUACAACUGGUACGUUAUAAAUUUUUACCUUAUUUCCUGCACCAUCGGUUUGUGUUUGGCAAAUGAUUAUUUGUACUUUUGCAUUGAAAAUUCAAUAUUUACUAGUCUCCGUGAAACGUGAUUUCACAUAAUCCGUCUGUUCACAUGAGUGGAUUACAAAAAUGUUCGCCUUGUCCAUCUUACAUAAAUAAUUAUAAGAUUUUACUUACACUAACAAACCACGUGGAAUUAGGUUUAAACAUCAUAUUCUUGAUGAAACUCAUAUUUUCCACGGGGCAAAUAACGUGUAGAUGCAAAU